GCGGUGGGGCAGAGAGCGUGACUCGCCCGCUCCAGUGCCACCGGUUCCCGCUGCGCUUGCCGCCACCGUCGCCGCGCAACCAUGUCGGAAGAGAAGCCCAAGGAGGGUGUGAAGACAGAGAACGACCACAUCAACUUGAAGGUGGCGGGGCAGGAUGGCUCAGUGGUGCAGUUCAAGAUCAAGAGGCACACCCCACUGAGCAAGCUGAUGAAGGCCUACUGUGAGAGGCAGGGCUUGUCAAUGAGGCAGAUUCGAUUCCGGUUUGAUGGACAACCGAUCAAUGAAACAGACACUCCAGCCCAGCUGGAGAUGGAGGAUGAGGACACCAUCGAUGUAUUCCAGCAGCAGACAGGAGGAAUAGCCUCCCGAGGGAGCGUCCCCAUACCCAACCAUUGUCCUGACAUGUGCUAUUGAGCGGUGACCAUGCAGCCACAUCAAUCACACAAGAGUCAGCAGAAGCCAGAGUCACCGAACGAUUCUCCUUUUCCGACGCGCUUGGAGUGAACUACGUACAGACCGCACUGCAGGGCGAGAGCAUUACAUAACGUGGCCGUUGGGAGGGUUUGCUUUGGGGGAAUGAGGCGUGAGGUUUUGGGGUUUGUUUUUGUUUUCAUUUCUGUUUUCCUCCCAUCCCUAAAAUUUUUCCCCCAAACAUGGGUCUGGAUGUAGACUCUCACCCUAUGGCCUGAGUCUAAUUCCCUAGAACUGUGGUUUCCUCUGGUGUGACUUGUCCUGAUCAGGUAGAGAGAGCUUGUGGUCACAUUACCCAAUGGGCAUGCCUGUGGGAUGUGGGGAGGGGCAGAGAGGCAGAAUUCCACCUGUUUGUUACAGGCAUAGAAUAUUUGAAAUACUGUAAGUUUGAGCUUUGUCAAGCAUAUGGUAAAGUUAAAGGAAAAAGACCAAUGCUUCUUAAGAAACAUGAGGAGUCUUCCUCCUGUGGCCCAGGCACUCCUGCACAUGCCCACUUCCUUCUCAGUAUCUGGUAGUGGGUACAUGGAUAAGGGUGGUACAAUGAAACCCACUCUCUUCCCUUUUUAUAAUGUAGAAGAAAGAAAUUGUCAUGUCUCAUUUGGAAAUUGAAUGUGGCCUCAGAUUUCUUCUAGUACUUGCUUUCGAUAUGUAAUUAUGGUUUCUGUGUAAGAAGGUAAUUGGUUAAGUAUCACGUUUUCAGCGAUGUUGUGUAAGAGACCUGCUUUCAAGUGUGGUUGCAAAAGCAAGCCCGGGAAAGGUGACCUCAUUCUCACGGAUUGUGCUGUGCAGCUUUCCAAGUGUGUAUUAAAGUGACACAUCAGUGGGAGACUUCA